AUGGAGAGAAAUGCAUCUUCACCACUCAGCACGACCUCUCUCCCGACUCAGCUACCCCUCAAUACCACAGGUGACAGAAAUGCAACAGUAAAACCCUUUAGUGUGUUUGAUGGUUGUGAUCAUCAGGUAGAGGGAAUUCUCUUUGACCUGACCGUGCAGUCCAUCAAUGUAAUCGUGGGACUCCCAGCCAACGUCCUUGUCCUUGCAGUCCUCAUCCGCAAUCGCAAAGAACCCUCCACUUCAGACAUAUUCCUGGGCUGCCUGGCCUUCAUGGAUGCCUACUUUAGUGUCAUGCCCCCUAUAAUCUUCCUUAACCUUUACCACUGGCAAAGCAAAGCGGUGUGGUCCUCCAUUAAGUUUUCCUACGGUGUGAAAGACACCAGCGGCCCAUUGUUUCUCGCCUGUAUCUGCCUGGAUCGCUUUGUGGCUGUGCUCUUUCCGAUUCUGUUUGGGCAGCUUAAACACAUUAAAUACAGGGUAAGCCUCUCAGUGCUGGUACUCUGCCUCACCUUUGCCUAUUCAGCCGCCAAGACUGUGGGAGGUCUCCCCAACUUUGAGAAGGUGUUCACUGGUGAGAUCCUGGCGACAUUUACUUGGAUGGUUGUAUGUAACAUAAGCAUCCUGUGGACCCUGAAGAGGUCCCGUGGUGCAGGGAAAGAUGAGAUGCACCCCAUGAAGAAGAAGGCCUUUAAGAUGGUGCUCUCUAUCCUUUGUAUCAUUGUGUUUAACUACCUGCCGCCUGUCGCGCUGUUCCCUUUUGAAGACUACUACUCCCCUGAUGUGUUUCGCUGCUACGUGCAGCCCGUGGGAUUUGCCUUCCUCAACAUCAGCAGCACCAUCCAGCCACUUGUUUACCUGUCUCGUCUGGAAAAGGUGCCUUUCCUCUCAGACACCUGCGUCAAGAAGUGCUGCUCCUGUGUCUCUGCAGAAAAUAACAAAACUCCACCUGUACAAAACCAAAAUGCUUGA